AUGUUGUCGGCAUCCAGACGAGCAGCGACGAGCGCCCUGUCGCGGCAGCUCCGCGUCGCCUCGAGACCGUUUAGUGUGUCGACGACGGUCCGCACGACCGAGAGACCCGCCGUCGUCGAGAAGAACGAGGCCGCGACGCCCCAGGUCGCCGACAACACCGUCCCCGAGACGGUCGGACAGGCGCCGAACCGGUCGCUUGUCUGGUCGCGCAGCCAAAAGCCCCGCGCCGAGGCCAUGACUGGUCCGCGGUUUGAGCAGACUGAUUUCGCUCUCCAGCCACAACCUCACUCCGCGAUGGAGCUCGUUCACAAGGAGCCCGUCCGGUGGACUCACGCCCGCGUCGUGGCGUGCGAUGGCGGCGGCGGACCGUCUGGUCACCCUAGAAUCUUUAUCAACACUGACAAGCCGGAGAUUUCGAGCUGCAACUACUGCGGUCUUCCUUUUGCCAACGAGCACCACCGCAAGCACCUCGAAUCCCUCCCCGAGACCUCGUACCCCCUCGCAUAG